AUCAAUAUAUUUUUAUUAUUAUUUAAUUGUGUAUACACUGUUUUUUAUGACUAGAAACAUUUAAAACCCAUCAAAGGCCCAUCAAAAAUUACAUUAACAUUUAUAAUUUGAGUUUUACACUGAAAUAAUUUUGUAACUAAUCAUUGUUCUCAAAUCAAUAUCCUAAAUAAUGAAUUCCACGAAUAUGGCGUUGCGAUGUACAUUCAAAUACGUAUAAUUUCAUUAAUAAUUAAACAGCUGCCACGAGAGAAUACGCCGGGGGAAUUAAUGAAUGUGAUAGUGUACAUUCAUGGUGGCGCGUUCAUUGGUGGCGAGGGCAUAUUAUAUGGUCCUGAUUAUCUUUUGGACACCAACGAUUUCGUUUAUGUAUCGAUAAAUUACCGUUUGGGCGUAUUAGGAUUUGCUUCCACCGGCGAUAGUGUUUUGCCUGGAAAUAACGGAAUGAAAGACCAAGUAGCAGCAUUGAAAUGGGUACAACAAAACAUCGUUGCGUUUGGUGGUAACCCCAACAGCGUCACUCUCACUGGCAUGUCAGCAGGAGCAAGUUCUGUUCAUUACCAUAUGAUAUCACCGAUGUCGAAAGGUAUGCGGGUGAAUGUGUAAUCUGCCAUGUUAUAUUAAACAAAGUUAUAUCAUACAUAAGUAUAGGUAGUAAACAUGCUUCGGUUUUCGAUAUCAACAUCUUUUCUGAUAGAAAAGUAAUCUAAUUGGUGCAUUUGGGAUUUCAACAUUAAAAAUGCCUAGUUUAUUUUCAAUAGUGCCAGGAAAAACAAAAAAAGUGAAUAAACAAUCAAUUUUUUUAAAAAUUGAUUUAAUUUUUUUUUUGUGUAACUCAAAAAGUUUUAACCUUAGACACUUUACAUUUUCACCAAAUAUUUACUAUAGCAUUUCACAUACUUGUUACUAUUUUCGAAAUAUUUUGACUCCUUUAAGGAUAUUUAUAUAAUUGAACUUAAGUACAACACCACUUGUAAUGGAUGUGAAAUACUGCAUUGAGGUACUCAAUUGUUCAUCUACUUUUAUGUUCGUGUAGGUACUCUAAAUUAAAAUAUUUUACCUUUUGUAUCUUAAAAUAAAAACUAUUCUUAUUGAAUGUCAUUUUUAAUCUACAUAUUUUUAGUGAGAGCUCUUAGGUAUUUUCGGGUAUAUAUAAGCAUUGAGGACAUAUUUUCAUUAUUGUUAAGGCUAUAAGUCCCGAAACUUAUGUGAUGACUAUUCAAUCGAGUCUGGAUAACUCGAAAUUCAAAAGAAAUAAAAAUAAAUUCCAUAGAUCAAUAAGAGAUGUAUCAUUUUAAUUAUUUUAUUUAGUUAAAUUUUAAUAAAAGUAAACUUUUUAAAAGAACCCAUGUUAGUACAUACUUCCAGUGGAUCUAAACUCCAUUAUUGACACUAUACUUAAGUAUACUCCACUUCUCAUAUUAUUUCUUUCCAUCUUACAAGUGCAUGACAUAGCCGAUGACCAAUGUUUACGUACAGGAGAUAACUUCUUAACUUAGGUAGUUUUAAUAUUAGAACAAAUUGUCUAAUUAUAUAACUUAAAUUU